AUGGCAUCAAAUGAUUUACCUAAUGGGAACAGGAAAAGAAAGGAAGAUGAUCAAGGAAAAAUCAACAAGCAAAAACCAAUGUCCAAGCAAGAUCCAUUGACAGGAAAUCCAUCAACGUCGUAUCCAAUCUUUGAGGAACAUGACAAAGUGUUUGACAAGGAGGGUUCAUUGAUGAGUGUUACUUUGGAUUCACUAAUUGAACUACUUAUUCCCAGUCAUAGUUACUCACCCGAACAAUCGUAUAUUUUUGCUGCUCUACUUAAUAUUCGUAUUUUUAUAUCACCGCCAGAUUUAUUGCAAAAAAUCCUACAGCAAUGUGUUUUCAAACAGAAUGCAACUAAUGCAAAUUUCACAAAGGAAGGACGAACACGUAAUUUCCGUGGAAUCUAUAAAUUGUGUCUUGAAUGGACUCAAAGUAUUCCGUAUGAUUUCCGUGAUGAACAAAUGCAGCAACGUUUGGUUGAGCUGCUUAGUUUAUGCUCCACCGAUGAACAUUGUAAAUUACAUACGGACAGAUUGCUCAAACAACUUCAUCACACGGGAAGUUAA